UUUGCAUUAUGAUCCUGGGAAGAAUAAAUAAAGUGCACUGAACAUUUAUUACAACAUAUUUAACUUUUUUUCUUUACAAAACAAUGAAUCAGCCCACAGAUGAAAGUCAAGCCUCCCACAUAAUACUGCAGGGUGAUUUUGUUUAAUGAUGUUUCACUUUGCAAUAAUACAUGUGAUUAAAUGAAUGCUAGUGCAUGCAGCUCAAUGAGUCUGCCUCUUUUGGACUUCAGAGGAUCUGAAUGCUGAUCCUAGGAGAGAGAAUUAAUCUUCACGAUGUCGCUUCUGGUUAUUUAUUUAUUUAUUUAUUUUUUUUAUUUUUUUUUCCAAAUCAGCAGAUUUCACCAAGAGAAGACCGUGGCAACUUCCCUGUGCGGUUUCUUUUCCUGGAGCCUCUUCUAAAAUAAUGAUUUAUAGAUGAUUUGAUGAGUAAACUCUUGGCUUAUUAUUCGUUUUAUUUAUGCGUGUGUUAUUUUAUUUAUUUUUAUUUGUUUGCAACAAAAAUUUCAGCUGACUUUGAGAUCAACAUAAAAACUAAGCCUGUGACGUUGCAGAUUUCCCGACAUUGUGUCGGCACAUUGGAUGAGGGACGCGUUCUCCUCUCUCUAACCUCAUUAUGAUUAGUUGACACCAGUUCUGUGAAAGUAGGUAAGAGCGUCUGCUCGUUUCCGUCCCCAAGCACUCGUGUCGUUGCAAGGAAGUUUUUUUUUUUUUUUUUGACCCGCCUUCGGAAGAUGAACAGUACAGCUCACGGGCUGGCUGCUGCAUUCUGUCCUGUUGAUUUACUGGAAAGGAGCAAUGAAGGACAUGUGGACACUGCUGGUUCUGCUGGGUGUCCUAACGACCAAGGUCUGCUGCCUCCCCUAUCAGCCAGAUUCAGAUGGAAACUGUCUCAACCAAACCACUGUGUACCUCCAGGAGGAUCUGAACUUGUGCUGUAAGAAGUGCAGCCCUGGCCAUCGACUGAAAGCGGAGUGCUCUGAUACUAGAGACAGUGUGUGUGAGCCAUGUGGACCAGGGAUGUACACGGAGUACAUUAACUAUUCCCCAAACUGUUUUUCCUGCACUAAAUGCAAGGAAGAAAAACAUCUUGAGCCUCAAAGGAAUUGCACCUCUACACAAAACGCUAAGUGUGUUUGCAAACCUGGACACUUCUGUCAUCUGGGCUUUAAGGCCCCGUACUGCGACGAUUGUAGGAUGUACACAAAAUGCAAACCUGGUUUUGGAGUGGUUGGGUCAGUCAAGCCGGACGCAGAUGUGAAGUGUGAGCCGUGCCCCAGUGGGACAUUCUCUGAUAAACUCUCCUAUUCCGAUCACUGUCGGGCCCGGACCUCAGACACAACUACGGUUCAACUCCCGUCAACCAGAGCGAACUUAGUCCCGACCGUUCACAGCAGAACAACCUCCACUCGGGCCGUGAGUUCUUUGGUUUCAGCGAACACAAGUCCUCCGACAAUGAGUCACCUAGAGGAUGAACAUGUUGCAGUCACAGCUGGUGUCGUUGGAUUCCUUUUGCUUUUGAGCGUCCUCAUGCUCCUGCUGUUCCUCUACAAAAUAAUCUAUAGGAAAGACGUUGCAAAGUCACAUCCUAAAGUGGAUGCAAAUGGAAACUGUGAGACUUUAGAGAAAGUUGACCAGAAUUACUUGGUUGAGUCUCAGAUGGCUUCUUUCACGCUGACCUCACAAGACCAGGAGUGUCUUUUAAAGAAAGGGGAACUUGACCAAACUCAACGCAACAACAAUUGUGAAACUUUAACCAAAGUGGAUGAUUACACCAACCUUGAGUCCACUGGCUCUUUACAGCCCACUCUAGCUCUCAACAGUCCCACCUCUGCCUUGUCAGACCCCAUGAGUUUACUGUCCAACACAGAACCUGUCAGCCUCCAGCCCAGUAUCCAAACACAGUGCACCUCUCAGCCCACUAGUCCACAGAUCUUCAACCCAGUAACAAACAGUCCCCACGUCAACGUCAACAUCACUUUGCAUUUAGGAAACGGGUCUUGUGGCGGGCCCUCAUUCCAGCCCUCAGACUUAAGCCAAGCAGACUCUAAACUUUCUUUUGCAUUGGAAGAAGAGUGCUUCAUCACCCCAGAACAAGAAGCAGGCAGUUCUUCAAAGGCGUCAGUUCAGGAGAGUCUCUAUUGCAACACGUAAAAGCUAGAAAAAAAGGCUGAAAAGCUUGUGAUUUAGAGUUUAUAAUAUUGUUCUGUAGUGAAAACAGUUCUACCGAAAACAUUCCCUUGUAUUGGAAGUAUUUCCACAAACAGAUGUUUGUUUAUAUGUAUAUACAGUGUGUUCUACAUGAAUAUGUGAUUAUUACCUUUUUAACCUAUGUAACGCAAUAAAAACAAGAAUAUGUGUCAUUUUCUUCACCCUCACAUGAGUCACAAAAUAAAAAAGGGUGAUUAUUUGACUUGCAGAGCCAAUCUAAAAUGUGAUGUACACUGACACAACUGUGUGAAAGAAUAAACACACAGUCCUGGAUUCUUACUCUAUCUGAUGAAACAUGCUAGAAACCUUUGCAGCUUGAUUCUGAUUUACGAACAGCAAAUCAAAGGAAAGCAAAGGCAUUAAUUAAAAACAGAACCGUAAAUCGUUUGCAGAUUCAAAUUAUUAGCGCCAUAAAAUGUAUAAUAAAUGAUCAUUUAAUGCAGCUGUGUCAUUAAAUUAGAGCAGUAUUUCAUCUUUUUGUUUUCUUAAUUGAUUUGUUUGAAUGCUACUGCCGCCUGCUGGUAGCAGGAGAGCAAAGCACCAGCUUAUAAUUUCAUUCAUUCCACUAAAACGUUUUAAGAUGAAUAAUUCAUUUUAUGGGUGAGGAGUCCAAAAUUUUUGUACUCCAAACUAUUCAUUACGCAGAUGCAAUUAUUUGCCAGCGUAUUUUAUUUUUUGCUGAAAUAAAAACAGCUAAAAAGG